AAUACAUUCAUCACUUCGUUCAGAAUCUAAAAUCAUUAAUCUAUUUAAAUUAUUGAUAAUUAAGUCGAAUUCGAGAAAAUAAAGCUUAUCCACAUUAAACUUAUUAAGUUUACAAACUGUACAAUAUUUCCAUAAAUAAUCUGUGCUGAAAGUUUCCUUGAGUUUAUGUAAACGAUCUUUAUCUUGCACCUGCUGUGGUUAAUACAUAAAUAGAAAUAUAACAUAUGAAUAUUAGUGUCCAUUAACAUAAAACAGAAUCCACGGAGCUGUUAGUCAUUUAAAUCAUUUUGUUACGAUUCAAAUUUUAUGAAAAUAUAAUUAAUACCUCCUAGAUAAAAUUAUAAAAUCACUUGUAAAUAUUAAAAAUGUUUAUUUGAACGAGUGAUGGAAAGUUUUGGUAAAAUUUAAAGAUGUAUUAAAAUAUGAAAUACAUAAACUUAAACGUAUAUUAUUUUUAUUUAUUUAUAGAAACACAUGUUUGUCCAACAACACAUUUUAAAUGUGCAAAUUAUUUUUGUAUACCCACUGAUAAAGCAUGUGAUUUCAAAGAUGAUUGUGGUGAUGGAUCGGAUGAACUUCAAUGCAAGCACAGAGAAUGCUGGCACGGAGAAUUUAAGUGUAAAAAUUCAGAAUGUAUUCGUCCCGGAUAUCUGUGCGACGGUGAAGUUAAUUGUGCAGAUGGUUCCGAUGAAGAAUACUGCGAAACAAGUGAGUGGAAAAUAUGAAAUGAGAAAAUUAUUAAAAUGUUUAAAAAAAGUUUUUACAUUCAGUUUACAUUCAGGUAUAGCAAGCAUAGGCGCACAUUGGGUGUGAAUUUAGGGGGUGCUGGAAUAG